CACGAUAAGCCCUGAAGUUCCGACGGAAUUGUUGUGGGUGUUGGAACUGGAAGUGAAAGCGAAAGCAGAUGUUAGGUGUGUGAUGUUACAUGUGUCAAAUAACUCGACCAGUCAAGAAGCACGACGUGUACGAGUUGAAAUGACAGUCCAAUAGUGCAGUGAAAGCUGUCAGUUAUAUUUUAUGGCGCUAACUUCUGGAACAGAAGUAACUGUUGACACGUUUUCCCUUCCAGUUUAAUGAGUGAAUAUAAAGAAUGAAGCCUGUUACUGAUAACACAAGGAGAUAGUGGCUGGGCAGAAUAAGCGAUUCGUCAGAGUUUUACGUAUUGUUAAAGAUACCACUUUUUUAUGUAUCAUUUGAAAGAAUUAAGACUCAGAUAUAAAACAGUUACUAGAAGAGACGAGGAACUGAGAACUAGUGGAUACUGUGUUUUACAAGAAAUAUUAAGUGUAGAUCCCGGUUGUUGUGAUAUAUUACUAAUUUUACCAGGACACCCUUAAACAGUAUGUUUUACGGAGGUACAACAGUGAAUGAUGCGACGCAACAUAAGAAGCAUCUGUCGAUUUCUGCUGUCGGCUGCUGCAACAGUGGUGCUGACAGUGUUGGUUUUUAGGCUCAUUCGUCAAAAUGAAAUCAUGGCACCCAGACUCGAACCUCAUGGUGCAGAGCCACUGCCGCCGCAGGCUCAACAUUUGGUGAAUAAUAAAGCAGCUGCUGGUGCAUCUGAAAAAAUUGAUUGGCAUGAUUACAAGCAGAUUGAGAGAGAUGACUUACGCAAGGGAAUUGGUGAACACGGGAAACCAGCAAACCUUAAUCCUGAAGAAUCCGCACUUAAAGAAUCUCUGUACAGAGAAAAUGGUUUCAAUGCUCUCCUCAGUGAUAAGAUUGCUCUGGACCGAGCUUUACCUGACAUACGCCACAAGGGGUGCAAGUCAAAGAAGUACUUGAAAAAACUUCCCACAGUGAGCAUCAUUGUUCCAUUCCAUAAUGAACACUGGAGCACACUUCUAAGGACUGUCGUCAGUGCGAUCAACAGAUCUCCCCCAGAAUUACUCAGGGAGAUAAUACUUGUUGAUGAUUUUAGCUCUAAAGAGCAUUGCAAAGAGAAGCUUGAUAAAUAUGUAGCUGAAAAUCUACCAAAGGUCAAAGUUAUUCACUUACCUGAAAGAUCUGGUCUUAUUCGGGCACGUUUGGCUGGUGCAAGGAAAGCAACUUCAGAUGUUCUUAUUUUCCUUGACUCACAUACAGAAGCUAAUGUUAACUGGCUUCCACCUCUCUUAGAACCAAUUGCAGAAGAUUAUCGUACUUGUGUCUGCCCUUUCAUUGAUGUCAUUGCGUAUGAAACAUUUGAGUACAGAGCUCAAGAUGAAGGAGCUCGUGGUGCUUUUGACUGGGAGUUUUUCUACAAGAGGCUGCCACUUCUACCUGAAGAUCUAAAACAUCCAACAGAGCCUUUUAGGAGCCCAGUAAUGGCUGGAGGAUUGUUUGCUAUCAGCUCUAAAUUCUUUUGGGAACUGGGUGGCUAUGAUGAGGGACUUGAAAUCUGGGGAGGUGAACAGUAUGAGCUCUCUUUCAAGAUUUGGCAGUGUGGUGGACAAAUGGUAGAUGCACCAUGUUCUCGUGUGGGCCACAUUUACAGAAAGUUUGCUCCAUUUCCUAAUCCAGGGAAAGGCGAUUUUGUUGGAAGGAAUUAUAGGCGUGUUGCGGAAGUAUGGAUGGAUGAAUAUAAAGAAUAUUUGUAUAAAAGAAGACCUCAUUAUCGAAAGAUUAAUCCUGGUGACCUCAGCAAACAAAAGGAACUCAGGGAAAGAUUGCACUGUAAGCCAUUUAAGUGGUUUAUGGAGGAAGUUGCAUUUGAUCUCCCAAAGAAGUAUCCACCUGUUGAACCACCAGAUUUUGCUUAUGGAGAGAUACGUAGUGUGGCUGCACCAGAGUUAUGUGUUGAUACAAAUUUUGUUGGAACUGAAAAACCAUUUGGUUUGAAGGAAUGUGUGAAAGAUCGGAAAAAUGCCAAAGGACAGCAGAACUUCACAUUGACAUGGCAUAAGGAUAUUCGCCCCACUGGACGGACUGUGUGUUGGGAUGUAUCUAGUACUGAGAGUAAGGCCCCUGUAACCCUCUACGGUUGCCAUGGUUUACAGGGGAACCAGUUGUGGAGGUAUGAUCCGGUGAACCAGUGGCUUGUGCAUGGAGGAAAUCCACGGUGCUUGGACUGUGAUCCAGUCUGUGGAAGACUUGUUGAUGGUGAAGAGGCUGAUGUGGGCUAGUGCUGGUGUGGAUAAUGAAAGUAUCUUUGAUCUGGAUGAUUAUGAAUACUUACCCUGAGGUAGGAAGAGAAGGAAUUCAAUAAUGUUAUGAAAAAGGAAGAUAAUGAAGAGGAUGUCAUUCACGGUGAUGAUGAAGCAAUAGUAAGUACUGACAACACAAUGAAAGAUUAUAUCACUGGAAAAAAUUGAAUGAUUUGGUGCAAUGAGCCUCCAACUAAAUGCCCAACUCCAGCUUGUAAUAUAAUUUGGGAUAAACCUGGUCCUAAAAGCCACCAUCUAGUUUGAUAAAAGAAGCUGUAAAGCUUUUAAUUGUCCUAGAAGUAAUAUCUGCUGUGGUAAGGGGAAACAAACAAGA